GAGUGACGCUGUGCCCAAACUUUGAUUGGGUCUCUUAUGUUGGACGCAUGGUCAUGUUUGUUGCAGAGAGUGAUGAACGUAGGAUGCGGUCGGUGAAUGUCAGGCUUUUGGUCAUUCUCUCCUCCGCUGGGUUAUUACUAAAAUUAGAUAGCCCCAGCACCAUGUUCGAGACGCAAGAAACUCUUCCAGGUGAUACACUGAAACGAAUCACAGAAGAACAUCAGUAUAUGAAUGAAUUUGUCUGUUGGCUGAAGCGCAGGUUCGAUAGGUUAGAAUUGGACAAGAAGUAUCUCGAGGAAUUGAAGGCACUUGGGACGUCUGCUAAUCCUAAGUGGUCUCAAUCAGGCGUGUUGCCGCUAGUUUCUUCCAUGCUUCAAUUGAUCGCUCAAGAAGCCGAAGAACGUCAAGCAACAUGCAACCGCGUGAGCACUUACCUGGAAGGGCUAAACAAUGUUAGCUCUCCUGACCUGGACAAAGAGGUGAAAACCAUUCUCAUUGCUGGUGAAAUCAGUCAAUUAACUGACCACGAAGUCUGUCGGGAUGAGGCAAGUUCAAAAUCAGCUGUUAAGGAUAUGCAGCAAUGGCAUGAGAAAGGUCCCAAUGGAACCAAUGGAAAAUCUCUGGCUCUGAUGAAUGACGCGGAUUUGAGAGCGUUUGUUCCACCGCUAGCUGUUGGGCUUCUCGGAACGACCAAGGACAAUGUUCAUGAAUUUUCAUCCAGCUCGUUCAUAUCUUGGGCUCAUGCACAAUCCGAGUCGGAAUCUGAACAUAGAUAUAUGAAGGAUGCCGUUCAUGUCGACUUUUCGAAUAGUACAACGCGGCACCGUCUUAUUUUUGGAACUGUCUCACAAACCUCAUUCGAGAUGAGACGUGCGAUGAAGGCAUUGGGUACAAGACAUGAGUUGGUGUCCAAAGAUGAAGCCCUUGCGCUGGAGAAUUCCUCCUCGGUAUCACCAGGAGGUGUUCGGCUAGAAGUCCUCCUAGAUCACGAGCUAAGAUUGAUGUAUUCUGUAACGUCAAUUCCUCUCUUUAUGACUGUAGCUGAGCCUCAUAACAAUGGCGUACCCCGCAAAAGGAUGCACACCAUUAUGAGUAGGGUCACGAAACAAGAUGAAGUAGCAGCGCUCUUCACUAUUGGGGACUUUAACCCUGAUAGUCUCUACAAUCUCUUCCUAUUCAAGCUCUUCACUCAUAGAGAAAACACCUCGCGCAUUAUCGAGGAUAUUUAUCUCAAAUGGGAUUUCAGCAAGAAUUGCCCAUUUCCUCCUGGGGUAAAGAGAUCUCUAAAGCACGUGGUAUCACGAAAAGGAACCCUUUCGUCUCCGGUAUCGCCGGUGGAUCCAAGUCGCAUGUCCACCUGA